AUGGACAAUGGACCGCCCGCGUCACAGCCCGAAUCGGCGGAAUCUGCCCCGGAGCAUACCGACUCGGAGCAGCAGCAGCAGCCAGAAGAACAUGGUGCCGAUCCGAAGUCUGCCCCGAAGCCCAAACCCAAGCCGGUCAAGCGAACCAAGCACGAGAAAAAGCGGCCCAAACCAGCCCCCGAACCUCCGGUGCCACAGCCGGAACCUACGCCGCAACCGGAUCCCGUCCCCGUUCCGGAGGUGCAGGUUGAACCGGCGCCGAAGCCCCCGACAAAACCCAGCGUUAGUGUGCAGAUUCCGCGGGGCAUCUCGCCGAUCCCGGAAGUGGCCAACAAGCUGACUGAGUCGAUCCUGCCGCGGCAGUCCAGUGUGGUGUCCGAGCCGGAGAUCAUCGGCGGCAGCAGCUUCAAGCCGUGGGCGUUGAUCACCGCGUUCAGCGUGCACUGGAUCGCGUCGUUCGCCAUCUUGAUCAUCGGGCUAGCGAUGACCUUGGUUCCGCCCAACGAGGCGUACUCGUGUCACGUGUACUUUGUUGUGGUUUAUCUCCGGAUGGUGUACUGGAUCGGUACGUUCAUCCAGCACGAGCUGAUCAAGGCUCCGUGCCGGCGGUUGAUCAACCAGAACUACAACCUGUACCGGGACAUGAUCUGCUACCGCAAGGCGCCGCUCAAGGUCGUCUCGCUCUGGAAUGCGGUGCUGAUCGCGGCCCAGGGUUACGCGGCUAAGCAGUUUCACGUGAGGGAGUACGGCGCGAACAUUUGCAGCGCGAUCGGUCCGGACAUGACGCCGCAGCUGUUUAUCGUGAUCUUCUGCGGGCUGGAGACGAUCAUGCUGGGAAUCUUCUACGUGCCGGCCAUUAAACGUUUGCUCAAGUCGUUGACGUCUCAGGAGCAGGAGGAAGACAUGUCCAACGGGACGCUCUCGAACCAGGACGAGAUCCCGGUCAACUGGCGGCUGAUGCGCCAGGCGGAGCAGAUCAAGAUUUUGACUGUGGCCAAUCAGCAACUGAGGAGGGAGGCUUUGGACAUUGGCGCGUUGGAGUAGGAGUGACAUUUUGUUCUUUUUUUUUGUAUCGCUGUUUACAGAAAUUGUAUACGUUUAUUAUCGUAUUUUUGUAUGGAAAUAUACAAACAAUGUUGUUAUUUGUUUAUUAAA